AUGAAGACCAANGCGGACGCGUUGAGGCUGCAAAUGAAUAUUCGACAAAAUGCAGAAGAGUUGCAAGACAUUCUGCAAGAUUUAAACAAGUGGGAGGACGAAAUGAAGACCAAGGAUAAUGAACUCCUCAACUCAAAGAUAGUUCACAAACAGGUUUGGGUUUAACUUGUUGACUUCACAUUUUUCCGUUUUUUUUUUCAACUGACUCAGGGCUCGAAAUUCUAUGCACCGAACUUUAAGCUUAAAUUAUUUAAGCUUAAAGUUUGUUGCAUAGACGCAACUUGUCGCUAGAUUUUGCCCCAGACUUCAUCCUCUUAAUUUCGAGCUCCGUGGUUUAGGAAUCGGUAAAUUUUUUGGAAGCUUACAUGUACAUGAAUAGGUUUGAGGUGCCAGUAUUCUUUGGAACGUUCGAUUUUUCAUCCGCACCCCCCCUCUUAGGAUGACUGGAAUCCGAACCGACAACCAUCCAGAUUUUUGCUGGCACCCUUUGAAAAAGGAAAUCCGAAGGGUUUAUUUUUUCUCAGCACCUUUGAAAAAUUUGUCUGAAGGGUCCAAAUUUUGUGGGCUUCUGUGAAGAAAAAAUCCGAACCACCUUAUUCCAAAUUUAAAACCCGCCAUCCUAAGGGGGGUGCGGACAAAAAGUAGAACAUCUAUACUGUGCUGUGUAUGGUAUGUUAAAGAUGUUAGUGGCUGUAAAAUACAAGCUGCACAUGUAAUUACACAUUCCCUUGGCAGUUUCAAUGUCAUUGGGAGUCACAAUGGUGUUAGUAGUAUUUAUUAGGAUUUGUGGAAUCAUUUUGAACUGUCUAAGGAGAUGUCUGUUGUACAGGGGUGUUUGUCAGGUUGAGAGCAGGUUUCUUUGAUAGUUAUUUAUGCAGUACCAUUCAAAUGACAGCCUCGACCUGGUCCUUUAAACAAAUUAAAUUUUCUGCUUCAGAGCCUUCCUCCUAUCAGGAAUCAAUCUAACAGGAAGAAGAAGAAGAAGAAGGAGCAGCCAUCAGCUUCUAAUAAGGAUAAUGUGUCAAAGGGCGAAGCACGAAUAAGUUCAUAUGACUACAGAUCAUGGGAUAAGUUUGAUGUGGUAAGUUUCUGGUAUCUGAUGCACAGCAUGUUGUAUAAUUUAGAAUCACAUGGGAAUUCAAUAUUCAUAUCAUCGAAGACAGAUUGGUCUUUAGGCCAGCCCAACAUCACUACUGAUAUUUUUUUGCAUUUUCACCAUAGACCUUUUCGUCUAACUCAUUGUUGUGCUCAAUUCAAAUUUCCUGAGGUUAAGAUUCUUUGUGCAUUGUAUUUGCAUUAUAGUGUGGCAUUCACAUUUAAAUGAUAUGGAAAUUCCUGAAACAAAAAAAUGUUUUAUUUCCAAAGGGUUUGAACUGGGUACAACAUUGACUUAGCCAAAUAGCUCUAUUAUAUCUGGAUGCCUGAUGUUCUUUGUUAAAACAUUUUCUUUAAUUUUCAGGAUAAGGUUUUAAAGGAAAUGGAUGAACAGGAGGAGAUAAAGACAUUUUCAAGCUCUGAGGAGGAAAGUGAUGAGGCAGAUGAAGACAUUGAAAAUGAGAGACGAUUGCAAAAGGCACUUUUUGAAAAGGACAAGGUUUGGAUUGUUUCAGUUAAUUAUUGACUAAACUUACAAGUUGAUGAAAAUAGUGUCUUUUACUGUAACUUAAGAGCCAUGUUUUUGCUUUUGUUUUUAACAUUAUCCUUUUAUUCUAGACCCAAAAAUUGUGUGACAGCAGACAGCAGAAUUACAUGUUGUAUUAGAAGAAUUUUUCAAUUUCAUAAUACCGUCUUUAUUUGAGGAGGUGCCCUGGGCGCUUAUUGAACUUUUGGGCCUUGAGAGUGGGCACUUAUUUGAGGUUGGGUGCUUUAUCGAAUAAAUAUGGUAUCCACUUUUUGAAGAUGGUAACCACACUUAAAUCUCUCUAAGACAGACACCUUUGGGGGGGUGCUAAGUGUCCAUCUUAGAGAGAUGUCUGUCUUAUAGAGUCUGAAUAAUAAAGUUCGUAAAGAAAGGCAGGGACCAGCUCGAGGUGUCCAUUUUACAUAGGUGUCCAUCUUACACAAUGUAUAGAGGUGUUGAGAGAGUGUGAUAGAGAGUUGGCUGUUAAUGUUUUAACAUGUUCUGUAGGGAAAUGCUCUUUUCAAAGAAGGCAAGUAUGAAGAGGCUAUUAACUGUUACACCACAGGAAUUCAACUUGACCCAACUAAUGCUGUACUGCCUGCCAACAGAGCUAUGUGUCUGCUGAAAUUGCAGAGGUUUGUUGUGAUUUUCCUGUAUUUUUUACUCGUAUUAAGGAGCCCAGGAGGUUGGUCUCUUAGCUGAGUUCAUUAUAGCUCUGGUACAUCUAAUCCAGAGGUUGUGAGUUUAAUCGUUGCUGGGGUAAAAACAUUUCUCCUAUUCUUGGGAUGUUUACCAUUGAAACAAUCCUCCCUGGCUGAAAUCUUGUGCAUAAACAUAAAACUAUAAAAUUUUACAUGGUGGAAGAACAACCGCUGCAAAGUUUGUCCAAAUCAACUGAACAUACUGAAAAGAGUAGAAAAAUUGCAUCGCCCCAAACCAAAGCUCAACCAAAGCUUCUGAAAUGGACUGGCACAAAUUGCACUGGUUUUCCCAUGUAAAAGUUAAGAACCCCUGGUCUAUCUCACUUCCCUUCCUAGAGCUUGCACUUCCAGCUCUCCCAUUAUAACACAAUACACAUUCAAUUUUCUUUACUUACUGUAGAUACGGAGCAGCAGAAGCUGAUUGCACGCAAGCCUUGUCUCUGGACAGUUCCUAUACUAAAGCUUACUUGAGAAGGGGUGCAGCCCGCUUUCAAAUGGGACGAGUUGAACAGGCCGAGGCUGACUACAGAGAGGCACUUAAACUGGAGCCAAGUAAUAAACAGGCCCAGGCGGAGCUGAAGAGCAUAAAGAAGGUAAGCAUCUAACUUGCACCCAAAGUACCUGAACAGACAAAACACUAUGGUGCAGUUACCCCUUGUAAGAGACCAUCUUCUAGACUAUAAGCUAUGCUGGCUAACCUAUCGGAAACAACAAAAUGUUCCCAGUCAAAGAUCAUAGCCGGAGCCUCUCGUAACAACCUUCUAUUGUAAGCAACGGCAUCCACUUUUUGAUAUACAGUUUUAAAAUUUUCCUCUGUCUUGAACACCCUUUUAGCACCUUAAAUGGUAACCUGUAAACAGUGAAUUUUUAUGCAGGGUGCAAAGAAAGUCAGUUUUACAGCCUGCCAUUUGGGCAAGCUGUAGCUAGCGUGUACUAGCCCACAAGUCAUUUCAACUAGCCCAAUAGCAAAAUUCACUAGCCCCGCGCUAUCAGACACGACUUUCUUUGCACGCUGUUAUGUAUGCAUGUUAGCGACCAAUUGACGCUGGGUCCGGACUUCUCUCUAUAUUUCCUAUACAUGUACAUGUUCAUGUUUGCUGAAUGUGCUACAUAACUUGGAGUACUGUACUUGAAGGAUCAGAUAAAAGUUCUUAGAAAUUGUAUGCAUUGAUUUCUGUAAAAGUGCUCUGCCCUCUUCUUGAAAGAGAACUCAGUGGUUCGAGUCUCCUAGUUGAUUUUUCUUGCUACAUUAUCAUUGCUCUACAAAACAGAGUGGUCUUACUAAACUAAACGUAGUUUUAUGAGGAGAAAUUCAAGUGUUUAUUUGUUUGUGUUUAGUUGUUGGAGGACAAGAAGAGGGAAAAGCAAAGUGAAAAGCAAGAAAGUGAAAAUUUUGCAAACAAAACACCAGUCAAGUCUAAAGUAAGCCUGUUUUCUUGAUGUUCUUUUUUUAAUGGAUAAUAAUUUAUUACACUACUUUAAAAAUUGCAAAUAAUUGAUUAAGAUGUGCAAAGGAAGUUGACGUUGACGCUUAAUGAGGGUUUUAAAAUCCUAUAAAAAUAGUUGAGCUUUAUUCACCUGUACAUGUAGCUCUUCAAGUUCUUAGUCAAAAUCUUAAUGGUGUUCCCCAAAGCCUACAUUGAUGGACAAUGAACAGACUGCCAACUUUACUUAUAAAAUUCUUGUUUUACCACUUUCCCCUCGUGUCUUAAACGUAAUACCGUAAACUGCCGCUUAUAUUUCAAGCCUGCUGUUUCAAAGCGAGGCUAAUGCGACGCCAUUAAUACGAAAGUGAUUUUCUUUUAUUCUCAUGCAAAUAAAAAUGACCUAUUCGUUCCAAAUCAGUCCCACAAUGCAGUUCAAGGCAAUACCGCCCCUGUCUAACACAUGUACACACAGACCUUGUUUUGUGGAUUUGGUUUGAUAGUUUUAUUUUUUGUAUCUUAGAAACCGCUUAAGAGAAUUGUCAUCGAAGAAAUUGGCACGGAGAGCGAAAGUGAGGAUGACUCUUCUGACAUUUCUACUAAAGCACAAGCGACAGCGUCCUUGUCUACCGAAGAAACGAGAUCAAACACUCAGCAAGCACUGUUGGCGAGACCUGACGAAAGGGCCAAAAACUUAACCUCAGAAUCAACGGACGUUCCCCCCAAAACAGCGCCAUCUUCGGUAUCGUCGACUUUAUCAUCGUCAUCAUCAGCGUCAGCGUCAUCAUCUCAGCCCCAGUCCCUCUCAUCAACUUCUCGAUCCCAGUCCACUGAUAAGACAUUUGCCGUGCCAAAGUCGUCGGGACAGUUUCAAGCAGAUUGGAGAGCACUUCAAAAACAACCGGCCAGGCUUUUUGCUUACUUCAAGGUUGGCUUAAUUUAA